CGGUUCCUAGCGCGUCUUGUUCCGUGUGGAAAGUUUACCGGCUCGGGUGCAAAGUUUCAGCCGUCUGCAAACUGGAGCUCGUCGACAGACGUGUCUGAAAUGUGCUGGUGACGUUUGUGAUCUAUUCACACGGUUACUAGAAUUUAGUUACUUCCUCUAAUAGUUUUCCUCGUCGUUGGUCUUUGAUAUAGCUGCUGCCAGAUAUCAGCAUCGGAAGCUGUUAGCAUCGACUGCAUUGUCUCAGGGAGGUGGCUCACAGAUGUCAGGGAAGACCCGGUGAAGCGUUAUCUGAUUCUAAACUUGAAUCGACGAAAAACUAAAGAAAUCAAGAUGGCCUGCGAGCCCAAUCGUGCCCGUUUGCUGUGUAUGCUGUCUCUGACUUUCGGCUUCUUCAUCGUAGAAGUGGUGGUGAGUCGUAUCACCUCUUCUCUGUCCAUGCUGUCGGACUCUUUUCACAUGCUAUCGGACGUCAUCGCCCUGGUCGUGGCUCUGGUCGCCGUGCGGUUCGCCGAGAAAACCCACUCGACCAAUAAGAACACCUUCGGCUGGAUCCGGGCGGAGGUGAUGGGGGCUCUGGUCAACGCCGUCUUCCUCACGGCGCUGUGCUUCACCAUUGUCCUGGAGGUGAUCGAGCGUUUCACCGAGCCGCAUGAGAUCGAGAGGCCGGUGGUGGUCGCCGGGGUCGGAGCCGCGGGGCUUCUAGUCAACCUACUCGGUUUGUGUUUGUUCCACGGACACGCCGGCGGAGGCCACGGUCACUCCCACGGGGGUCACUCUCACGGAGGCAAAGGCAAGAGAGGAAAAGCGCAGAAGACUGGCAACGGGUCAGCUGGAGAGGAGUCCAACAAUUUAGUGGGGAACCACAGCAGCCCUGGUGAUGGGAGACCCAGAACCGACGUGAGCUGUACGGACAGCCCAGAGCUGCAGAUGAAUGGCAACACCCACUUCGACGAGCUGGACCUUGACCACGACUCGUCGUCGCAGCUCAACAUGCGCGGGGUCUUCCUCCACGUGCUGGGGGACGCCCUGGGCUCUGUCAUUGUGGUGGUCAACUCUGUCAUUUUCACUUUUGUGUGGAAUAGCUGUAAGGGCAGAGAAAACUGCGUGGACCUUUGUACCGACAAACACGCCAUAGCCAACCAAUAUGGCAAUUCCACAGUAACCGCUGGGCCCUGCUGGGUUCUCUACAUGGAUCCCACGCUGUGCAUCAUCAUGGUGUGCAUCCUGCUCUACACAACCUACCCGCUGCUGAAAGAGUCAGCCCUCAUCCUGCUGCAGACUGUCCCCAAGCAGAUCAACAUACACCACCUGAAUGAGCGGCUGCUGGGCCUGGACGGCGUCCUGGCCAUCCACGAUCUGCACAUCUGGCAGCUGGCCGGGAGCAGGAUCAUUGCCACGGCACACAUCAAAUGCCACGACCCCACAGCUUACAUGGAGGUAGCCAAGCGCAUCAAGGACUUCUUCCACGACGAGGGCAUCCACGCCACCACCAUCCAGCCGGAGUUCGUCACGUUCAGCUCGGAGUCUCGGGACUCCUUGUGCGAGCUCUCCUGUAGGACUCAGUGCGCUCCCAAACUGUGCUGCGGCUCCACGGACAAACAGAAGGCCGGCAGUGACAGCAAAGCUGCUCUCGCCUCGGGCUUGGAGGUGAUCAGCGAGACCCCAGAGCAGGCUGCUGAGGUUCAGGUUUGCCCUCGGACUGAGGCCGAGGUCGCCGUCACCAGAGAGGUGGAGUCAUCUCUGUGAAAACGGGUGGAAGAGGAAACGGGAAGACAUCGCUGUCAUUUAAAGGAAGCUGGAAUUGUCGGACCUGAUUAGAAAUGACUUGUUCCUGUUCACGAAUUUGAUCCGUAGCCUCGUUCCCGUUGUCUUGCUUCUCCCAGCAGCAUGGUUGUGAUGCAUGCUGGGAUACACGGACCUCCUCUUCUCCAGGACUGGAUCGAGGCCUGCAUGAGUGUCCCUCAUCAGCACCGUGCUGUGACGUCUCAUCUUGUUUUCUGGUGUUUUCUGUGCCAAAGCUUCUCAUCGCAGGUCCAAAGGGACCCGACAGCCCCCCCCCCCCAGUAGGCUACAGAGUUGAACCUACAGACCUCUUGACAAAACUUCUUGUUGUUUUUUGCCUUUAGGCAUUGUGCAAAUCUAUUUUCUUAUACCCUUUUGGCUACGAGUGGAAUAGUAUUGUGUUGCAUAAUAAUUUAAGUAUUUAUUAGAAAUGAUUUAUCGCUCUGUAGAUGCUGUUUGUAAUAUUUAGUUUGAAUAAUUAACAAAGAUUUUAGCAGUUUUAUCUUGUUUUGAAAGAAACAUUAAUGCUGUAGUAUUAUUUUUCAAAUCGGAUGCUUUUAUAAUGAUUUAGCUCUUUUUGACUCUCCUCUGGCCUCGACUCAAACACCUCUCUCUUUGCCUUUUGGAGAUGCUGCUGUCAUGUAGCACUGAGUACUGAAGACACGUCUAACUCAUUUAAAAUGCUUUUCAGAAACAAGCACUGCUCAUCAUCAACGAACAACUGGACAGCUUUACUACGUUAGUAGAUUCUUGUGUUGAGACCUACGUUUCCGGGACGUUUCUGUCACGUUUGCAUGAUCAAAACCAGACCUGGCGCUCUUCGCGUUGAGCUGGAGCUGCCGCUCACCGGCACCUGCUGGCGUCGUGAAUCUGCCGGGAACGACUCAUCAUCAUCCAGCUGAAAAGAUACGCUGAAGGUUGAUCUUCCACUCCCUGUUAAAUGUGUAUGCAAUACAGAAAUACGUGCUGGGAAUGUUCUUUUUUUUUUUUAUUUGUACAGUUUUUUUUUUUUUGGUCACUUUUAUUCUGUCAUGACUUGAGCUCAAUGUGCAAAUUGACAACAACUGUGUUUUCUAAUUGUGGGACAUGUCGGCUGAUGUUUUUGAUAUAUAUGCAUAUAUAUAUAUAUAUAUAUAUAUAUAAAUCAA